ACCGGGUGCACCGGGCGCAUUGCAGGACGUCCCAGCGCCUGGGCUUGUCGGCGCAGGUUAGGGAGGCGAGCCCAGGUGUGGCCCCUGCGCAUUGCCCGGACGAGGCCUGGCCAAAUGCAGCGUUUGGAGCCGCGGGGCCGCUCGGGGCUGGCAUGGCUGACUACCUGAUCAGCGGGGGCACGGGCUACGUCCCUGAGGAUGGCCUCACGGCCCAGCAGCUCUUUGCCAUCGCCGACGGCCUCACCUACAACCCUGACCCAGGGAGCUGCCUUUCCCUUGGCCGGUUCCAGUCCCACCCAGAACUCUUCCUGCCCCAGCUGGCUGAGUGGCUAUUCAACAGCUGCUGCGUUCCUCCCCAGAGGUGGCUGCAUUUCAAUGCGACUUCCUGAUCCUCCCAGGCUUCAUCGAUUUCACAGCGGACGAGGUGGACCUGACCUCGGCGCUGACUCGCAAGAUCACCCUGAAGACGCCGCUCAUCUCGUCGCCCAUGGACACCGUCACCGAGUCAGACAUGGCGAUCGCCAUGGCGCUGAUGGGCGGCAUCGGGAUCAUCCACCACAACUGCACCCCGGAGUUCCAGGCCAACGAGGUGCGCAAGGUCAAGGCGCCCGGCUGGUGACUCCCCCUCUCCCUCCCCUGCAGAAAUUUGAGCAGGGCUUCAUCACGGACCCGGUGGUGAUGAGCCCCACACACAACGUGGGGGACGUCUUCGAGGCCAAGCUGCGCCACGGCUUCUCGGGCAUCCCCGUCACCGAGACGGGCAAGAUGGGCAGCAAGCUGGUGGGCAUUGUCACCUCGCGGGACAUCGACUUCCUCACCGAGAAGGACUACGCCACCUACCUCAGCGAGGUGAUGACGAAGCGCAAUGACCUGGUGGUGGCGCCCGCCGGGGUCACCCUGAAGGAGGCCAACGAGAUCCUGCAGCGCAGCAAGAAAGGGAAGCUACCCAUCGUGAACGACAGCGACGAGCUGGUGGCUAUCAUCGCCCGCACGGACCUGAAGAAGAACCGCGACUACCCGCUGGCCUCCAAGGACUCGCGCAAGCAGCUGCUGUGUGGGGCGGCCAUCGGCACCCGCGAGGACGACAAGUACCGGCUCGACCUCCUCACGCAGGCCGGCGUCGACGUGGUGGUGCUGGACUCCUCCCAGGGCAAUUCCGUGUAUCAGAUCAGCAUGAUCCAUUACAUCAAGCAGAAAUACCCCGAGCUGCAAGUGAUCGGUGGGAAUGUUGGAUCCACAGUGGUGACAGCGGCGCAGGCCAAGCACCUGACGGACGCGGGGGUGGAUGGUCUGCGCGUGGGCAUGGGCUGCGGCUCCAUCUGCAUCACGCAGGAAGUGAUGGCGUGCGGCAGGCCCCAGGGCACGGCCGUGUACAAGGUGGCGGAGUACGCCCGCAGGUUCGGCGUGCCUGUGAUCGCGGAUGGCGGCAUCCAGACGGUGGGGCAUGUGGUGAAGGCGCUGUCUCUAGGAGCCUCUACGGUGAUGAUGGGCUCCCUGCUGGCGGCCACCACGGAGGCCCCGGGCGAGUAUUUCUUCUCCGACGGCGUGAGGCUGAAGAAAUACCGGGGGAUGGGCUCGCUCGACGCCAUGGAGAAGAACAGCAGCAGCCAGAAGCGAUACUUCAGCGAAGGGGAUAAGGUGAAGGUGGCGCAGGGCGUCUCCGGCUCCAUCCAGGACAAGGGCUCCAUCCAGAAGUUCGUCCCAUACCUGAUUGCGGGCAUUCAGCACGGCUGCCAGGACAUCGGGGCCAGGAGCCUCUCCAUCCUCCGUUCCAUGAUGUACUCGGGCGAGCUGAAGUUUGAGAAGAGAACCAUGUCAGCCCAGAUCGAAGGCGGCGUCCACGGCCUCCACUCCUUUACGUUUCUGCCAUUUACGAGAAGCGGCUAUACUGAAGACGGGCUCCGAAGCAGCAGCCAGCGCGUAGCUCCCAACGUCCCAGCCCCGGUCGCCGCCCGCCGCGUGUAGCCCAGCCCUCCGCUCCGACCGCUCCUCACAGGGAUGGAUUUGCACUACGGCCGAGAGAGAGCGUCCUGGCCCUGACUGGACGGCAGCCAGAUCUCCCCCGCGCCUGGUGCAAGGCCCCGGGAACCAGCCCCCCUGGGCCGGGCAGGAGAACAGAGAGCAGGUGCUGGAAAGAGCUGCGGGGGGGGGCGGAGGGGGGAGCGCUGAGCAGGGCCCCCAGCUCCCCCCCACCCCCGCUGCAUCGUCCCGGGCAGCUGCGGCCUGGCUGGAGCCCGUGUUCCCCCCACGCCACCUCCCAUCCACGCCUCCGGCUCCGCCAGCCCCCGCGGCAUGUCCCCCCACCAGUGCUAGUGCUGCUGGGGGCCGCUGGGGGGCUCCAGCACUUCCCUUUCCCCGCAGUGGGGCAGUGACGUGAGACCCAGGGAUCUUGCUGGCAGCCCGGGCCUGGCUCUGGCUCUGGCUCUGGCCCAGUCGCCCCUGGGCUUCAAGGGAUUUUAUAAACUUGUACAGGAGGCUGAGCCUUGCCUAUUAACCCUCCGCUGCCCCGGGGCUGUCUUACCCUGCCCCCCAAGGCUGUUUGUUAGCAGGGUCUCUCCAACCUGGACCAAACACCAUGGACCAGCCACCUCCCCUCCGGUCCUGGCCAGAAGCUGCCCGGACUUCUCCGUCGUUAUCGCUCUCUACAGAGCCCCUGGGACAUCAUCCCGCUGCACGCCUGGCAGCUGCUGCUGGGGUCCCUGCAGCCUGCCCAGCCCCAGGGUGACCUCCCUCUGGGGCAGCAGCUGCUCUGGGGUUAGGCAGGGUGACCCCCAAAGCUGGAAUGGGGCCUGGCCACCCCUCUGCAAGCUGUGCUGUUGGCCUGGCUGCAGCGCCCUCGGCCGUGCAGCCCGGUUCUGCGACACGCUGCAGGCUCUGGGCAUCCGUUUCCUCCACUCUGUUUCUGCCAGAUGAGUUUAAAUCUCCUUUUUCUGUCACUGCAGCUACUGGCAAGUCCCGGCCUCUCCCCCUGCAGCACCGACCCCCCCCCCCCCCCCACUCGUUAGAAGGCUUUAACUUUGCACAUUUGGGGUCCAGUGUUUGUAAUUGUGUAUUGAAGAACAAUAAUAAAGUAAUGCAGCAUCAGA